AUGAGUACCAGACAGGAAAAUGGCGUUGGAUCGGGAACCAAAAAGCCAUUAGUCUUCGCUUACUACGUCACUGGGCAUGGUUUUGGCCAUGCCACUCGUGUUGUUGAGGUAGUGCGGCAUCUAAUCUCGGUUGGGCAUUAUGUGCAUGUCGUCACUGGUGCGCCUGAAUUUGUUUUCCACUCGGAAAUACAAUCUCCUCGCCUCUUGAUUCGUAAGGAGCUUUUAGAUUGUGGUUGCGUCCAGGCGGAUGCACUGGCAGUUGAUCGCCUGGCCUCCUUGGAGAAGUAUUCAGAGACAGCUGUGAAACCCCGUGAUUCUAUAUUGGCAAAAGAAGCAGAGUGGCUGAAAUCCAUUAAAGCGGACUUAGUGGUCUCUGAUGUUGUCCCAGUUGCAUGUCGAGCAGCAGCAGAUGCUGGCAUUCGCUCUGUUUGUGUAGCUAAUUUCAGUUGGGACUUCAUCUAUGCCGAAUAUGUGAUGGCUGCAGGACUUCAUCAUCGAUCAAUAAUUUGGCAGAUAGCUGAGGAUUAUUCCCACUGCGAAUUCCUUAUUCGCCUCCCAGGAUAUUGCCCGAUGCCUGCUUUUAGUGACGUUAUUGACGUACCUCUAGUUGUGAGAAGGAUGCACAAAUCCCCUGAAGAGGUGAGGAAGGAGCUGGGGAUAGCGGGCAAUGUGAAGCUAGUUAUUCUUAAUUUUGGUGGUCAGCCAUCAGGAUGUAGAUUAAAGGAGGAGUUCUUACCUUCUGGCUGGUUGUGCCUGGUUUGCGGUGCUUUUGACAGCCAGGACCUUCCACAAAACUUCAAAAGGCUUGAAAGAGAUGCAUACACUCCUGACAUUAUUGCAGCCGUGGACUGUAUGAUUGGAAAAAUUGGAUAUGGAACUGUCAGUGAAGCCUUAGCAUACAAUUGUCCAUUUAUCUUUGUACGCAGAGAUUAUUUCAAUGAAGAGCCUUUUCUGAGACACAUGCUUGAGUAUUAUCAAGGCGGUGUUGAAAUGAUUAGGAGAGAUUUACUCACUGGCAAUUGGAAACCUUAUUUAGAGCAUGCAAUGAGAUUGAAACCACGCUAUGAAGGAGGUGUUAAUGGUGGUGAGGUGGCAGCACACAUCCUGCAGGAGACAGCCUCGGGAAAGAAGUAUGCACAUGAUAAGCUUAGUGGAGCAAGAAGAUUACGAGAUGCUAUAGUUCUUGGGUAUGAACUACAAAGGGCCCCUGGACGAGAUAUUGCAAUCCCAGAAUGGUAUGCGACUGCUGAACACCAAUUAAGCCGCUUCUUACCUCAUUCGGAUUACGGAACCACUGAAUUAAGCAAGCAUUGCAAAUACUUUGACAUUCUUCAAGGAGAUGUUCAAGGUCUUUCAGAUACUGAGGAUUUCCUACAGACCUUAGCUGAAUUAGAAGAGCAGCACACAGAGCGGGAGAGAAAGGCUGCCGCCAAUCUCUUCAACUGGGAGGAAGAAAUUUUUGUGUCAAGAGCUCCUGGAAGGCUAGACGUAAUGGGUGGAAUUGCUGACUAUUCCGGAAGUCUUGUCCUGCAGAUGCCAAUAAGAGAAGCCUGCCACGUUGCUUUACAACGAAUUCAUCCCAGUAAGCAGAGGCUGUGGAAGCAUGCUCAGGCUCGACAAGAUAACAAGGAACAACAUCCCAAGGCUGUCUUGCAAAUCGUCUCAUAUGGCUCGGAAUUGAGUAAUCGUGGUCCGACCUUUGAUAUGGAUUUAUCCGAUUUUAUGGAUGGAGAGAAGCCAAUUUCGUAUGAAAAAGCAAAGGAAUACUUUGCUGAAGAUCCUGCCCGAAAGUGGGCAGCAUAUGUUGCGGGAGCAUUUCUGGUCUUAAUGAAUGAAUUGGGUUUGCGUUUUGAAGAUAGUAUCAGCAUGCUGAUUUUAUCUGCAGUCCCAGAAGGGAAAGGUGUAUCAUCAUCUGCAUCUGUUGAGGUUGCUAGCAUGUCUGCCAUAGCAGCUGCCUAUGGAUUAAAUAUCAGCCCGAGGGAUCUGGCGUUGCUCUGCCAGAAGGUAGAGAAUCACAUCGUUGGAGCACCAUGCGGUGUCAUGGACCAGAUGGCUUCAGCAUGCGGUGAAGCCAACAAACUUCUUGCCAUGAUUUGCCAGCCGGCAGAGAUUGUUGGCCUUGUAGACAUUCCUAAACACAUCCGAUUCUGGGGGAUUGACUCUGGAAUUAAACACAGCGUUGGAGGUGCGGACUAUGGGUCUGUAAGGAUUGGUACUUUUAUGGGUUUGAAGAUGAUAAAGUCCAGGGCCUCUGACAAAUUGUCUGAGACACUUGCUUGUAGUUCGAGCCGUGAUGAAGAGGAUAAAGAUGAUAUAGAACUACUAAAACGAGAAGCCUCAUUAGACUAUCUAUGCAAUUUGCCACCUCACAGAUACGAGGCUCUUUAUGCGAAGGCUAUUCCUGAAUCCAUUCCUGGUGAGAAAUUUUUGGAUCAAUACACUGAUCAUGAUGAUCCUUUCACUGUUAUUGAUGGGAAACGUACCUAUGGAGUAGUAGCUCCAACAGCGCAUCCCAUAUAUGAAGAUUUCCGAGUCAAGACCUUUGAAGCACUGUUAACGUCAAAAUCUUUGAAUUAUCAACUUGCAGCACUCGGAGAAUUGCUAUACCAGUGCCACUACAGCUACAGCGCUUGUGGACUUGGGUCUGACGGAACAGAUAGGAUUGUACAAUUAGUAGAAGACUUGCAGCAUAGUGCUGCAUCCAAAGCUGUAGGUGGGACGUUAUAUGGAGCCAAGAUUACUGGGGGAGGUUCAGGUGGAACAGUUUGUGUGAUUGGUAAAAACUGUCUAAAGAGCAAAGAACAAAUUCUUGAGCUUCAGCAGAGGUACAAAGAAGCCACUGGGUAUUUACCCUUUAUGUUUGAGGGUUCAUCACCAGGUGCUGGGAAGUUCGGGUACCUGAAAAUAAAGCGUCGUGCUGGUUCCACACAAGAUCGUCAGCCUAGCACAGCUAAGCAGUAACGACCGAGAACAACAGCUGAUCAUGUUUCCCCCUCAUAUUGAGAACCGCCUUUCACAGUCUCG